AUGCCAGCUCAAGGUGGUUUGGUUGGUGUGAGGGUGACAGAAAAAGAUGUUGCUAUUUUUGGGAAGAGGGACAAGCCUCGUAUACACGCAAUCCGACCCAAAUCAUGGGAACAUCCUACUGACCUGCACACUGUAGCAUUGGGAUCCAAUAUCACGGCGCAUUAUUUGGCAGUUGGUGGCAGAUGGUGGCAGAUGACAGUGGUUGACCAUGCCAUAACAUCAGUCAACGGGCCCCGUUACGACGAGACAUCAAACUUGUGUGGCCCCACGUCCCACCCUGGAAUCAGGACCAUCGGAUCGGAUGGGUCAGGCCAGGCCAGGCCAGACAAGGUCAGGUCAGGUCAGGAACAAGCGAAGCAGUACAGUAUCAACAGUCCACAGUAUCUACAGUACAGCAAACACCCCACAUCAACAAAAACUCAAACUCAAAUCCAGUCUACCACGGACUCGGACUACGCGGACAGAUAG